CCCGAGUGCAGCGAGCGCCUCAACCCCGCCGACAUCCGCCGCCUCCUCCACGACUCCCCGCACCUCGUCGCCAAGUACGAGGAGUUCAUGCUCCGCCGCUGCCUCGCCGCCGACCCCGACUGCCGCUGGUGCCCGGCCCCCGACUGCGGGUACGCGGUCAUUGCCUACGGCUGUGCCAGCUGCCCCAAGCUGACCUGUGAGAGGGACGGCUGCCAGACAGAGUUCUGCUAUCACUGCAAGCAGAUCUGGCACCCCAACCAGACGUGCGACAUGGCGCGCCAGCAGCGGGCCCAGGCCCUCCGCGCCCGCACCAAGCACACCUCGGGCCUCAGCUACGGCCAGGAGUCUGGGCCAGCUGAUGACAUCAAGCCAUGCCCACGUUGCAGUGCUUACAUCAUCAAGAUGAACGACGGGAGCUGUAACCACAUGACGUGUGCCGUGUGUGGCUGCGAGUUCUGCUGGCUCUGCAUGAAGGAGAUCUCAGACCUGCAUUACCUCAGCCCCUCUGGCUGUACAUUCUGGGGCAAAAAGCCAUGGAGUCGUAAAAAGAAGAUUCUCUGGCAGCUGGGCACGUUGAUUGGUGCUCCUGUAGGCAUCUCCCUCAUCGCUGGCAUUGCCAUUCCUGCCAUGGUCAUUGGCAUCCCCGUCUAUGUCGGGAGGAAGAUCCACAGCAGGUAUGAGGGAAAGAAAACCUCUAAGCACAAGAGGAACUUGGCCAUUACUGGUGGGGUCACCUUGUCUGUCAUUGCCUCUCCAGUCAUCGCUGCUGUCAGUGUUGGCAUUGGAGUGCCCAUCAUGCUGGCCUAUGUCUACGGCGUGGUGCCCAUCUCUCUGUGCCGAGGAGGGGGCUGUGGGGUGAGCACUGCCAACGGCAAGGGCGUCAAAAUCGAGUUCGAUGAGGACGAUGGACCUAUCACAGUGGCCGAUGCCUGGCGAGCCCUGAAGAACCCCAGCAUUGGUGAGAGCAGCAUUGAGGGGCUGACCAGUGUGCUCAGCACCAGUGGCAGCCCCACGGAUGGGCUCAGUGUCAUGCAGGGCAACUACAGCGAGACCGCCAGCUUCGCUGCCCUCUCGGGUGGCACCCUGAGUGGAGGGGUCCUCUCAGGAGGCAAGGGGAAGUACAGCAGGUAACUCAACUGGUGGGCAAGGGGUGGCUGAUGGGCACAGCAAGG